AUGGGUUUCCUUUUCACACCGCACAUGGCCGUAGGGGAACGUCUUAUCAUCACCAUAGCGGAGUUUGCUUUUUAUCAUAGGGAAGGGCCCACCCACACCCUCAUGUUCUUUGUUCAUGGCGCCGCGUGCCACCGAGUAAAAGGUGCGGUUGAAUGGCCACACCANGGUGUGCCAACGAACCAAAAUACCUAUGGGACGCGACGUUCUUAUGGGGGAAAAUGUUCUUAUUGUGCUUAUUUUUUCUUUUCUGCAUUUCCCAUGGGUUUCCUUUUCACACCGCACAUGGCCGUAGGGGAACGCCUUAUCAUCACCACAGCGGAGUUUGCCUUUUAUCAUAGGGAAGGGCCCACCCACACCCUCAUGUUCUUUGUUCAUGGCGCCGCGUGCCACCGAGUAAAAGGUGCGGUUGAAUGGCCACACCAUGUCGCGAGGGGAACGGGGAAGGGUCAUCUUUGCGGAAUACCUUUCAAACCCAUCUUCGCCAGCGUUGAAGUAGGGAAAGCAAGAGUUUUCCACUAUGCCCAACCCCACUCAUUUUAUAAGUGA